UUACAAGAUCUACCAGCAGAGGCCAGGCCUAGGGGACAGAAGAUUUGAUUGGUUAGCACGAAUGACUGCAUUAGCCCCUAAUAGCAGAUGCCAUUAAUAUCUGUGCCAUCUGGUUCAAAAUAAACAUCUGUCUUCACUGACAGUGUUUGAAAAUGAGCCAUGUGUUCUGACAAAAUAUUUUCCCUUGCCUCCUUUGUUCAAGGUAGUGGGCUGGUGUAAAGCACAAAUCUGCCACUUGCUUGUCCGCAUCGGUCCGUGUUUUCCUUGUAUUAUACCAAACCUAGCACCUCUUGUAUGUUUUUUGUAAAGACGGAGUCAUUCUCUCACACUUCAUGCUAAUUAAUAGCUUUCUUAUUUAUAGAAAUAAUCUUUGCUGUAGCUCAUACAGUAUUUCCUGCCCGGUGUCUCAAAUGAACUCCUACUCAUAAACUGACUGAACUCCAUCUCUCACAAGUUAAGCUUUAAUGCGGAAUCUAUUACAUAUUUACGAGAUUACGCAUGCAAUACAAAGGCUUUUUUGUGCAAGAUGAUAAGAGAUAAAAUACUCAUUCAGCGGUUGAUGCCGCAUAUACAGCCAAAUAAAGCAACUUUUCUUUCUUACCUUUCAUUUAAUAUCCAUAUAAUACCAAUUAAUUUGUACAAAAAGUUUUUUUUUUUGAAAGAACAGUGGUCUCAAACACAGCUCUGUAGAAUCCCACCUGCUUAGAAGUUUCUAGUGAUCCUGAAUAACUUGAUUAGCUGGAUCAGGUGUGUUUUACCUCAUGUGCGUUUGGGUUUAGAAGCAUUCUACUAAACAACAUUUUUUUAGCAGCAUUUUACACACGGUAAACACAACACAGGACGAUAAAUACACAUACACGAGACAUAUAUAACGUUAAGAGACCGUAUAAAAAUUAAAUAGCUAAUAAUUAUUGCCUACAAUCGAAUAGACUUGAAUUAAGCUUCUUUCAUUGUGCUGAAAAUAUCAUAGGCUCAAAUGUAACAAUAUUUCAUUUUGAAUUAUCGCCUCAAUGAUGGGUUGGAUGUUAGUGUUGGAAGACAAAAUUCCUUUGUUCCCUGUACAGUGAGACGCUGGCCCUUUAAGAAGAGACAUUUCAAUCUAGGCGUGUUUCCUGCUCCCAAAGAGAAUCCAGCCCUGCUUGCAUCCUACGACACGAAAUUGGAGGAAAGAUUAUUUUACACAUUACUCAGAUAUUCGCUGUAUAAUCGGCAUAGAUCACAAAAGCCUUCAUUCAAAUUGAUUUUGUGUCCUUUUAAGAGAAAAAGGGACGGAGAAUCCUCCCGGGAUAGACGCUUUUAACCAGCCUGAGCAAUGACAUAAAUGUCAGUCGGUCAAGGUCCGCGCUCACUCCAGAUGUGCGUUUAGCGUUUAUGCGCGUUUGUUUCAGCUCAGCCUCGCUUUUCUCGCCUGAACCCUGCGCUCGCUUCGAAGGGGACCGCUUUCGAAUAGCGGCGGCAUGGGAAAUCUUCGCGUUUGGAUGGGGAUUUUGCUUUUCGGCGUUUGACUCGGACCUCAACCAUGGAUUUAAGCGCAGAAGGGCAGAUAUGUAGAGCGACAGACUGAUGGUUUCGAGAAACGCCGAAGAUCCGCGAGGAAGCACGGGAAGAAUCCCACAAACAAAUCGUGCACGUGAAGGAAGAAUCGCGUUUUUUUUUGUUUGUUGCGAAAAAGCUCCUGCAUUGUUUUAUUGCUGACAAUAGCGCUCUGAUCGGCCGUUCGUUCGUCUCAUGUUAAUCAUUUAGUGGACGCGGUUGUGGUUUAUUUCAGGUUCGGUCGAUAAAAGACAAUCUGCUUGCACCUUCGCUACCAUGUCGGCGGUGAUGAUAACGCGGAAGGUUACUCGAAAAUGGGAGAAAUUACCUGGGAAAAACACCUUCUGCUGCGAUGGACGGGUCAUGAUGGCUCGGCAGAAAGGAGUAUUUUACCUGACCCUGUUUCUCAUCAUUGGGACCUGCUCUCUGUUCUUCGCCUUUGAGUGCCCGUAUCUGGCAGUGCACCUGUCUCCUGCCAUCCCUGUGUUUGCAGUGUUGCUUUUCGUCUUUGUCAUGGCCAUGCUGCUCCGAACCAGCUUCAGUGACCCUGGGGUGCUGCCACGGGCCCUGCCGGAGGAGGCCAACUUCAUUGAGAUGGAGAUCGAAGCAGCCAAUGGGAACGUCAUGGCUGGACAGCGGCCUCCGCCCCGCAUCAAGAAUGUUCAAAUUAACAACCAGAUCGUCAAGCUGAAGUACUGCUACACCUGCAAGAUCUUCAGACCCCCUCGUGCUUCCCAUUGCAGCAUCUGCGACAACUGCGUGGACCGUUUUGACCAUCAUUGUCCCUGGGUCGGAAACUGCGUAGGAAAGAGGAAUUACAGAUACUUCUACUUGUUCACACUCUCGCUGUCUCUACUUACCAUCUACAUCUUUGCCUUCGACAUCGUCCACGUGGUUCUACGUUCUGUGGACUCAGGAUUUGUGAGUACCAUAAAAGAAACUCCCGGAACUGUUUUGGAGGUUCUGGUGUGUUUUUUCACCCUCUGGUCUGUGGUGGGAUUGACUGGCUUUCACACCUACUUGAUUUCUCUCAACCAGACCACCAAUGAAGACAUCAAAGGCUCAUGGUCUGGAAAGAACCGUGUGCAGAACCCAUACAGCCAUAAGAACAUCAUCAAGAACUGCUGUGAGGUUCUCUGUGGCCCUACUUACCCCAGUGUGUUGGACAGAAGAGGGCUGAUGCUGGAAGACUCGACUAGCCCCACCCCCUCGGAUGCAUCUGCCGCUUCCACCUAUAAGAGCAGCAACCCUGUUUCACAAACCACAAAAUCCUCGGCUCCCCUGAUUCCCAAUGAACAUACCCCUGAUGAGGCCAAGCCCGGCAUUGGUGCAGGAACCCAGAAGAGCACCAGCUCCCCUAAAGAAGAGAAACCCCCCUCGCCAACAUCCCCCAAUGCUGUCGCCCCUGCAGUCAUCAAAGAGUCGGCCCACUAGCUUCGAAAGCCUUCUUCUCCAGACUUCUCUGAAUGUGCUCACUUAAAGGAACACGCACAGGAAAAACUUGUGACUCGUUCAGAGCAGUGGCCUGUGUUCUCUGAUACUCUUUUGCAGAACGGGACCCCUUCUGCCCGGAUUCUGCGCUAGCACUCCAGACAAAAUCUGGAGGUGUCGAGACACUUCUCUAUGAAUCACAGCAUGAUGAAACUCACAAUGAGGGAAAUGGGGAGCCACAGACUGAAUCGAAUGAGAAUGGGCUAUCCUGAAGCGUAAUGAGGACAUUAUUUCCCUCGUAAGAGCUCGUAAAACGUUCAGUUGUUUUUUCAGUGUCAUUACCCAUUUCUGUAUAGCCUGCCUCCAUUAUUCCUAACCGUUUGUGUGCCCUGUAAAAUCCAUUACUAGCUUCUAUAGUAGUUGUGCAAAAUGCCCUUUGGAUUAGAUGACUUUGUUUUCAAAGUGUGAUAGGGAAAGUGCUUUAGCCAUAAACCUAGGCCCAACAAAACUGCUUUAUUCUGAUGACGGGGCCAUUUGGAUCAGCUUAGUAAGUCAGCUAUAAAUCUCAUUCGACUCCGUGUCAAAACAGAAAGUUAAGCUCAGACUUGAUUUUACAAUCAGCAUGGAUGUUAGAAAGCAGAGGCUGUAAGAUGAGUUUGUGUCGGUGAGUACAGACCGAUCUGCAUCAGUAAGAGUGCCUUAUCUAUGCUCUACCAUUACAUCUACAGAGGACUUCAUAAUGCCCUAAAUCUAUUCAUACCUGUAAGUUAAUCGACUUCAUUUUUAUACGAUGCUAAAGACCUGUCAGAAUGCAAAAAUGCCAUGGAGUAAAUGUACAUAAUGUAAAAAUGACUGAGAAGCUGCAAAUUCCUUACAAGAAGUGCAAAACAUGCCUCGUUUGUUACUAUUAUUUUAAUUUAACAAAGUUUUUUCACAUCCAACUGACAUAUGAGCAACCUUAUUUCCUUUUCACCAAGAGUCAGAUAUUACCAUUUAUGGCCAAAGUAAAUAAAAGAUAAAGUUUAAUUACGUAUGAAAAUUAAAUUCUAGGCAUGGAAAAUGACCAAUUUUUCAAUGUCAUUUAAGCAUGCUUUUGCAUUCAAUUUAAAAACUUGUGCUUGUUUUGCUUUUUCCACACUUUCUUUUCACCACGUUUAAGGUAGCAAAGCUUGCCCCAGUGUAUGAGCAAAUGCGUAUUGUAGUCACCUUUUAAUAAUUUCACUGUAGGAUGUUGAAGGCCACUUGUAAGGGAACACAUUACGGACAGACUUGCGGAUAUCAGGGACCUGUGGACUCGUAUAUUUUUACAUGAAUUCUCAUAGCCAGCUACACAUUUGUUUCAGAGAAGUAAGCAGGGGCAGUAUUGCUAUGUGGACGUAAACCAAGAAUUUGAAUUUGAUUCAUUCGGAAGAGCCAGCUUUAUAAUGUUGCCAGUUCAGUGCCAUCUUACAGCAGUUUCAAGUAUAUAAGCUGGAAUGUUUAUGAGAUUGAUUUUGUUUGAUUAUUUCCUUUACUGAUGUAAAAGUCUUAUAUUUACAGAAAAGGAGUUCUUCAGAAACCAACAGAAUGUGCUUCUAUCAAAUCAUAUUUAAUUUAUAGCAGAUGGGAUUUUUGUGAGUACUAUGGCUUAAACAGUUGUGAUGAUUGUGUGUGUGUGUGUGUGUAUGGAAGAGGAUGUGAAUAUUCAUUUGCUAGCCUGAAGGUAUAUGGGAAUGUGCUUAAAAUUGCGCCGAAUCAAACCCACAAUUUUAUCACGAAAUGUGUCAUAAUAUACAAAUUUACCAAAUGAGGAGCAACAAAAUCAAACUUUAAUGCCAAGUCAGUGUAAUGUAGAAGUUUGGAAUAUUAGCAAAAGAUGGUCUGCUCUAGAUAUUUGGAUAUGAUGCAUAACGUACACAUUAUACGUCAUCACGAAUUAUGUUCACUUUGCUUGGUAAUAACACUGUGAUCAUGUAUAUCCUCAUACUCUCCACUUUCUACUUUAUGAAAUUGUGUGUAUAUGUAUGUUCAUUAAAUUAUAUGGUAUUAUUACAA